AUGACCGAGAACUCGAGAAUCGUCAAAGAUAGUGUAACGCCCGUGAUCGUGAAAGGAGCAGUAGCGGCCACGAAUGGGCAUCACGCGCAGCUGAACGGUGGUCACGCCGCCCUCGGGAAGGAUGGCAAGAAGGUGAUCGUACCGUUGCUGGAGGCCGAUGCUCACGCAGUGCACGAACCGCCAGACGGUGGUACUCGGGCCUGGCUGGUGAUGAUUGGUGCAUUCCUCUGCAACGGUGUCCUGUUCGGUGUGAUCAACACGUACAGCGUAGUGUACCUGAGCCUUCAGAAGCAGCUACAGGCGGUCGGAGACAAUGAAGCAUCCAGCAAAGCAGCACUCGUCGGUUCGUUGACGAUCGGCACGACCUUUCUGCUCUCCCCCGUAUCUGGUAUCCUGACGGACAAGAUUGGGCUGCGGCGAACAACCUUCAUUGGUGGGCUGCUAACAUGCAGCGGUAUGUUCCUGUCGUCCUUCUUCACGGAUAACGUUACCGCACUGUAUUUCACGUACGGUAUCAUGUUUGGGCUGGGAGCGGCACUGGCCUAUACUCCAUCCCUCGCUAUUCUCGGUCACUAUUUCAAGCGCUACCUAGGGCUGGUGAAUGGUAUCGUAACGGCAGGCUCGAGCGUGUUCACCGCCAUCAUGCCCAUCUGUCUCGACUAUCUGGUCGAACAUACCGGGCUGAAAACGUCCUUCCGCAUACUGGCCGUCAUCUCGAGCUUUGUGAUAUUCUGUGCAAUGCUAUACAAACCACUACAACCUCCGCCACCACCGCCGAAGGUAAAACCGGGCCGCUCGGCCGUCAACACGUUCCUCCGUUCGUUCAUCAACUUUGACAACUGGAAGAAGAAGCGAUAUAUCAUCUGGGCGGUUUCGAUCCCUAUCGCACUGUUCGGGUACUUUGUGCCGUACGUCCAUAUGGGAAAGUUUGUGCAGGACAAUUUCCCGGGGAAGGGCGAAAAUCUGCCUGUAAUGUGCAUUGGCAUCACGUCCGGAUUGGGACGACUGCUGUUCGGAUUCAUUGCUGAUAUGCCACGCGUAAACAGAGUGCUGCUGCAGCAAAUGUCGUUCGUGCUGAUCGGUACGCUGACGAUGUGUUUACCGGCGACCGGUUCGUUCCCGCUGCUGCUGGCCAUUGCCCUGGCGAUGGGUCUGUUCGAUGGGUGCUUCAUCUCACUGCUAGGACCGAUCGCGUACGAUAUCUGUGGACCGCGCGGCGCAACACAAGCGAUCGGAUUUCUGCUCGGGAUGUGCUCACUGCCCCUGACGCUUGGACCGCCAGUUGCGGGCAUGCUGUAUGAUCAGACCGGUUCGUACAAACUGCCCUUCAUUCUGGCCGGUAUUCCACCGCUGUUCGGUGCUAGCACCAUGUUCCUUAUACGCUGCGUCAAGGAUGAGGCCUCAAAGCAGCAAACAAUGACGACGGAACCGAAGCUGGAACCGCUGGCACACACUGCCUGGGACUGCGAAAACCCAACGGAUGGUAAACCGAUAAAUGGACAGCUACAUCACGAGCGCCGGGCAACGUUGGCCAGUUCAGAAUCACUCACAGCGGAAAAAAAUGAAUCGGGUUAGGCUGAGUGUGUGUGUGUGUGUAUGUGUGUGUGUGUGUGUGUGUGUGUGUGUGUGUGUGUAUGCGCUGAUUGCGAUCAGGCCACCAGCCUUAGGUCCGUUCCAGAUAGUCCGCUGGUGGAGCGGGGCUUAACUAGCUCGCAAACCAUGGUUUUGCAGGAUGUUUUGUAAAGAAGCAAUUCUAGGUCGCGCGCAAUACCACGUAAGAUCGAAAGACGGGUUUGUUACUUCACACCAUAUGUAGGAAGUGUCAGAGUGGAUUAAAAAACAUCGUGCAUCGUUCAUUUUUGUGUAGAUAGUUAGAUACAGUGACUAGAUACAGAAAUAUCACAAAAAUAUAAAA